GUUCACCUUCUAAAAACAUUAGAGUGCUUUAGAGCUCUUCCUUUUUUGUUUUGAACUGAGAGAGAUUGUUAUUUUGUUUCUGUAGCAGCAAUUCGAUAUGUACGUCGUACCUUCACCUCAGCGACCGGAUCCGGGUUCAGGAUCCGGUGAUUUGCGGGUUCACCAAGCGUGGAAGUGUAGCAAUACCAGAAAUGGAAGAUCCCGCGAGUCCAUUUUUCCUUCACCACUCGAAUAAUCCUGGCCUGGUUCUUGUUUCCCAAUCUUUGACAGGGACAAUUACAACUCAUGGAGUAGAGCCAUGAAAAUUGCCCUUUCUGUCAAGAAUAAAUUAGGGUUCAUCGAUGGCUCCAUUUUUCCACCUGGUGACACAGACCCAGUCCUCAAACGUAGUUGGACCCGUAACAACGACAUGGUCAUUUCUUGGAAUCUUAAAUUCAGUAUCCAAGGAGAUUUAUGGGAGCAUUCUCUAUUCUACAUCUGCGCAUGACAUCUGGGUUGAUCUUCAGGACCGCUUUCAACAGAGUACUGGUCCAAGAAUCUUCCAAUUGCAUUGGGAGUUAACAAACCUCACCCAAGAUCAGGCUUCGGUGAGUGCAUAUUUUACAAAGCCCAAGUCCAUUUGGAAAGAACUUGGCAAUUUUCGUCCUUCAUGCACUUGUGGGAAAUGCACUUGUGGUGGUGUUCGAAACCUUGUUGCUUAUUUUCAGACUGAGUAUGCUAUGUCUUUUCUCAUGGGUCUUCAUGAGUCUUUUUCUCAAAUUAGGGCUCAAAUUCUUCUCAGCGAUCCUCUGCCUACAAUAAACAAAGUUUUUUCUCUCGUGACUCAAGAAGAAAACAGCGUCAAAUGGAUUCUCUGUCUUCCUCCUCUACCAACAAUUUGGCUUUUGCUGUCAAAGCAGAUUCCUCCAUAAAAGGCUCUCGCAAGGAACGACCCUUUUUCACUCACUGCCAGCUACAUGGUCUUACCAUCGAAAGGUGCUACAAGCUUCAUGGUUAUCCUCCAGGCUAUAAGGUGAAGCCAAAGAACACUGGACCUAAAAGCAACAGUGUUGCAAUUAAUCAAGCCUCUACCAGCCUUUUGGUUGGGAAUUUCCUGAAGGAUCUGGAUCCACUCAAAUGCUCACAGCUAAUGCAUCUCUUGUCUGAACAUAUGGCAACGUCCAACAAAAUUCCAGAGGCUGUCGUGGCUCCUUAUUCUGUUGUGUCUAACUUUGGUACUUUUUUAUCCUCUAAAUGGAUAGUAGAUUCUGGAGCCUCACAACACAUAUGUGCUGAUGCUCGAACUUUUGUGUCUAUGCGCCCUACCAAUGGGUCUAGGGUGACUUUGCCUGAAAAAACCACAAUUCAUGUUUACCUAAUUGGUGAUGUUCAACUCACGUCAUGCAUUCUUCUCAUAGAUGUCUUAUUUGUUCCUUCAUUUCGGUUUAAUCUAUUGUCUGUGAGUGCCUUAGCUACUGCAUCUCAAUUUGUCCUCACUUUCUUUCCCACAUCAUUUGUCAUUCAGGACAUGAACAAGAAGACGAUUGGCAAGGGUGAUAGAGUUGAAGAAACUUUUUCUUCAGGGAAGGUUCAUAUUUGGUCCAGAUGUAAGAUCGUUGAUCCUGACAGUUUUUCUUAUCAUUGCUCCUAUUGCAGUUUUCUGUGUCCUUGUUGCCAGAAAACUAUUCGAUGAUUUUUCUGAUCACUUGGGGAUAACCAUAAUGGCCGUUGCUGUUGUAUUCACAAUUUAUGUGACCCUCUUUCUCUCAUACACACAGACACACGCACACUUUUUAUUUUUUCUCUUUCACUCUAUAUUUUCAACAGCUUUGAUAAGGCACUUUGUUUAUAAUCAUGAGAAGCAUUGCUUUAUGUUGCAACUGCUGCAAUGGGGUACAUGUAAAAAAAACCUUUUAACUUAAUUCAAGAUAAACUGCUGCAAGCAAUGGGGUUCUGAGAAAUCACUUUUUAAAAUGAAGGUAAUCAACUAACAACAGUGAAAUUCAAGUGAUAUCUAGAAGAAUGCUUUAUUUUAUUGAUUUAUCAAAUAUGUUAGAUUACAGUAUAUACAGAUAAAAGGAAGGCUAAAUAAUUAUAAAAUCCAUCUUAUUUAAUCAUGGGAACUAAUCCUAUUUGAUUCUCAUAAAUCAGGGAAGAAUCAUAUCACUAAUUACUUUAUUGGGUUUAUCUUGUCAUAUGACAUAAAGUUAUUUUAUGUCAUCCCAAAACUACAUCGUUUUGCGAGUUAGAAGAAUUAA